AUGGCAAAUCUCCCCUCCCAGAUCAGCCGCCUUUUGAUUCUCCGCCGCCACGACGCCCUCAAGAACCUCGGCUUCACCUUCUCCGACCACCUCGUCGACACCGUCCUCGAGAAUCUCAAGCGCCACCCCGACUCCGCCGCCUACUUCUUCGACCUAGCCUCCCGGCAGAACUACUUCAGGCCCCACUUCAAAUCCUACGUCAGGCUCAUCCACAUCCUGUCCCAUGCCAGAAUGUUCGACCAAACGCGGUCAUAUCUGCGUGGCCUCGUCGAGCUAUCGGAAAGCAGCCACCUUCCGGUUUCUUUGAUUUACGAUGAGCUGGUCUCUGUUUACCGAGAGUUCAAGUUCUCGGCAACGGUUUUCGACAUGGCGUUGAGGGCCUUUGUGGACAGGGGGCUGUUAAAGAAUGCCCUUUUCGUGUUUGAUAAUAUGCCUAAAUGCGGCCGCUUGCCAAGCUUGCUGUCUUGUAAUGCUCUGCUGAGCCGUUCAGUGAGAAAUAAGGAUUUUCAUCUUGUUUACUGUGUUUAUGAUCAAAUGAUCCGAGUUGGGGUUGUGCCUGAUGUGUACACUCAUGCGAUCGUGGUGGAUGCAUAUUGUAAGGAUGGUAGGGUUUAUAAAGCUAUGGAAUUUGUCGAGUGCUUGGAGAGAAAGGGAUUGGAUUUGAAUGUCGUGGCUUAUAAUAAUUUGAUAAAUGGAUAUGUGGAGGCGGGGGAUGUAGAAGGAGUGGGUAAAGUGUUGGGAUUAAUGGGUCGACAGGGGAUUUCGAAAAAUGUGGUUACGUGUACGCUUUUGAUUAAGGGUUAUUGUAAGGUAGGGAAAAUUGAUCGAGCUGAAAAGGCAUUUAGAGAGAUGAAGGAAGAAGGAGGAGAUGAAUUGGUCUGGGACGAAAAGGUAUAUGGAGUACUCAUCGAUGGGUAUUGCCGUUGUGGGAGAAUGAAUGAUGCUUUGAGAAUUAAAGAGGAGAUGAUGAGUUUGGGAUUGAGUAUGAAUUUGUUCAUUUAUAAUUCUAUGAUAAAUGGGUACUGCAAACUCGGCCAACUCCGUGAAGCAGAGGAAGUCAUAUCGAGCAUAGUCGAAGGCAACUUGAAGCCUGAUGGUUAUAGCUACAACACGUUAUUGGACGGCUAUUGUAAACGGGGAUUGAUUGAUAAAUCUCUCCUGCUCUGUCGUAAAAUGGCCGCAGAUUUCGUGUACCCUACUAAUAUAACUUACAAUACUCUUUUAAAAGGUUUGUGCCAGUUUGGUGAUAUUGAUGAUGCUUUGUCUCUUUGGAAUUUGAUGCUCGAGAGAGGCUUUGUUCCUGAUGAGGUUGGGUUUAGCACGCUAUUGCACGGUCUUUUCAAGAAGGGGAAGUCUAAUGCAGCCUUGACACUGUGGAAACAUGCUCUGGCAAGAGGCCACGCGAAAAGUCGUAUUUUAUUCAACACAAUGCUCGAUGGAUUGUGUAAGCUGGGAAAUUUGAAUGAAGCAGCUCAAAUUCUUGAAAAGAUGAAGGAACUGAGUUAUUCACCGGACGAGGUGACUUGUAGAACCUUGAUCGAUGGUUAUUGUCGAGCAGGAGAUGUGGAGACAGCUUUUAAAAUUAAGGGCAUUAUGGAUAGAGAAGGUUUUCCAGCUUCCAUUGAGAUUUACAAUUCGCUUAUAACGGGCUUGUUCCAGGUGGAAAAGGUGGACAAAGUCCUCGACCUGCUUUCGGAGGUUCACGCAAAAGGGCUAAGCCCUAAUGUUGUCACCUACGGAGCCCUUAUAAGCGGUUGGUUUAGAGCUGGGAACAUGAAAAGAGCUAUGGACUCGUAUUUUGAGAUGAGAGGAAAAGGAAUUGACCCGAAUGCACACAUAUGCAACACCGUUAUAAGCGGCCUGAACAGGCUUGGUAAAACUGAGGAUGCGAAUAUGCUGCUGCUGAAAAUGGCAGAUUUGGAUGUGAUCCCAGACCUUAGGCAGUUUUACGAUUCCUUUAGCUUCAAUAAAAUUAGUGUAGAAACGCGAAGAAUUGCAGAUUCCCUUGACGGAAGUGCCAUGAGAUGUAUCAUCCCGAACAACGUUAUGUACAAUGUAAUUAUAGCCGGGCUGUGCAAAUGUGGGAGAACUGAUGAUGCAAGAAAAGUCAUCUGUGAUUUGUCUAAAAGAGAAUUUGUUCCAGAUGAGUUCACGUACUCAGCCCUUAUUCACAGUGCCUGUGUAUCUGGUGCUGUUGAUGAAGCUUUCCUGUUGCGGGAUGAAAUGCUGGAGAAGGGUCUUUCUCCAAAUAUAGUUACAUAUAAUACUCUAAUCGGUGGUUUGUGUAAAUCGGGUAACCUCGGCCGUGCAUUGAGGCUUUUUCACAAGCUUCCUUCAAAACAUCUGGUUCCGAAUGUCAUAACCUAUAAUUCUUUGAUCGGCUGGUGCUGUAAGAAUGGGAGUACCAAUGAAGCACUUAAACUUAUGGGGAGAAUGACAAAGGAAGGAAUUGCCCCUUCGGCCAGGACAUAUUCUGCCUUUCUCAGUAGCUAUUUACAGCAGGGGAAUGUAAAAGAAUACCAGAGAAUUUUAACAAUGAGGCAAAAGCUUGAGUCAGACCAUCUCGAGGAAGGGGACCAUCUGACAACACUCCAGGAGUGUGCCUCUUAA